ACCAAAGAGACUCUUUAUGAAGAAAUUGAUGUAAUUGUCUUCACACACCCGAAUGAAACGGCUUUUUUGCUUGAUGUUGACCCCUCAUUUCCACCGUUUCUCCUCUUCAGAAAGUCCAUGCGUGUCUAUUCUCCCCAUUAAAAUACAAGAACGCCAAAAUUUCUAUAAUUUUGCUGUUCAAACUGCUUUUUUCAUGCCACUGUUCCCCAUGUAUUUCAACGGACGCGCGCGCCGCCAAACAAACAAAAGAAAAACGAAAUUGACCCGCGCCGCGCACGGCCUCUAGUGAGAGAAACUGCAACCUCAUUCAAAUUCGCGACUGACUUCUGACGGUUGAGUGUGUUUGGUUUGUUUGUGUUUUUGUUUGUGUUAUAAUCUUAGGUCAAGACAAGACAUGUCGAACAUUUACUAAACAUUGAACAGUGAAUAGAUUUAUCCAGAGAGCAUCGAACAAGUUUUAAUUUUUAUCUGCAGUCAUGAGGAAGUCUUCACUAGGAGCACGCAGGGUCAGUCAGAACUUGAGAUUGGAGCAUGAUGAUCAGCGCGCUAGCAUUAGUUCCAGUAGACGACCCUUAGAUGUACGGAGGGCAAGUGGAAUACCUCAGCCGGGAAAAAAUCGUCGUUCUUCAUCUGAGAAUCGUGAUGGCCGAAUGUCUGCUAUACAGCCAGCGUUAAAAAGGUUUAACAGCCAGCAUAAUUUACUGGCAACACCUGCUAAUGUUUCAACUACUCCUUUGCGAGGGCUUCACUUUGGAAGUGCUCAGUCACAAAAAUUUACAUUAUCUCCGUUUUCUGAUGGAGGUCGUAGCUCUCGCAAAUCUGCAUACAGUGGUGUUGGUGCUGGAAAGCAAAAUAGAAUAGCUAAAGAUACAAGACCCCUAACUGACAAAAUCUUUUUACAACAAGAAAUUCACAAGAUAACAAGUUUUCUCCAUUCGCAACCAGAUGCUUUAUCAGUUGCUUCUAAAGGAAUAAAUCUACGUCAGCUGACUAUGAAGCUCUUUGUUGACUUGGUUAACUUUCUCAUGGGAUUUUUGGAUGAUAAUGUCAAUGUGAAUAUGGCAAAUUAUGUCAAUGAAAUUCCAUUAAUAAUGAAAAAGUGGGGAUAUGCUGGAAACUUAAAUUCAUCUUGGUUAAAAACUGUAAAUACGCCUCAUGCUCUGCCCCAUGUGGUUGGUCUUUUAUCAUGGUUGGUUACUUGUGCCUCAUACGCGGAAGGAACUGAUUUUGAAGCAUUUGUUGAAAAUUCACUUCAAAACUAUGAUGAUGUCAUAGAUGAUGCAGAAGCUGAUGGUUUCUUGUAUGGAAAUGCACUGGUUUAUAUGCCGCAUUUGAUGAAACAGUACCGAUUGUGGAAUUCAAGAGAAGAAGCUGCAGAGAAGAAUGAAGAAAUAAGAUUUAUUGCAGAACUAUGUAAACGAAAUGGUGUUGGUGAUGAUGAAUUGAAUGAAUGUGCAGAAGCCAUACGUGAUUAUGAGGUUCAACUGUCAGAUCCCAAGGAGCAGGCAGAAAUUGCUGCUUUAAUGGAAGAAGAAAAGAAGAAUAUUGAGUUUGUGAAAGACUACAAUAACUGCUUAGAAUAUAAAAGUAAAAUGGAAGAAUUUCUCAAUUCUGCUGAAACAAAACUAGAAGAGGAAAAGCAGAAAUUAUUGAAAGAAGAAGAUGUGUUGCUAAGCCUCCAAAACAAAAUAAUGGAACUAAAAGAACUAAUAAGUAACCAAAUUAUGACCGUUGAAGAAAGGGAUGAAUUACAAAAAUUCUGUAGUGAACUGGGAAGCUCUAUUCGUGAAAAUGAAGAAUAUAUUGCCCUUGUUUCGAACCAAACUUUUAAUGACGAUUUAGAAAUAGUCAAAAGGCAAAAAAAUAUAAAGAAAAAAACCCAAACUUACAACAAGAUUAUUAUUAUGGAAUCCUGUUGGCUUCCAGAGCUUAAAUCGUUGAUGGAUGAGAUUAACUUCUUCCAUCCUGGAGCCAAAGAGGAAGUGGCUGAAAUUGAGUCUCAGGCUCUGAAACUUAAGGGAGACAUUCAGAAUAAGUAUGAAAAAAUCAAUGCAGACAUGAAAGAGCGUAAAUCAGAACUACUUCAGUUGGAGGAGAGGAAAUCACUUGUACUUCAAGAUGAAGAACAACAUUUGGAAAAGGUCAAGCAAUAUGAAGCAUCAAUAGAAGCGUUCAAAAUACAAAGUCAUGAGGAGAUUGUUGAGAUGAAGAGGACUCUCAACUCUUUAAAGGCAUCUAAUGAAGCUCGCAUCUCUUGCAAUUCGCUGCAGAUGGCAAAAGAUCAGUUGCAGAAACUUGUUGAAAAACGGGAAUAUGGCAAAGCCCAUAUUGAAAAGCUGAAACAGAAGGCCGAGUCUUUCUUUCUAAAAACUACAUCUUGCUCUCGAGGAUUCAUCAGCACAGUAUUGAAAGCAAAAACUGAGUAUAAUAGGAAAAUACAAGAUUUACUUAAAAAUACUGAAGACAUUUUGGAGAAAACCAGAAGCGAUUUCCCGUAAGUGGGUUCUUUGUUCUGCUUUAUUUGUUGAGGGGGCAAGUCAUAUACCACCUUUCCACUUUUUGUUUUGUUUUAUAUGUUGUCAAAUUCAACGUAGCGGUGUGCUUCUAUGAUUCUAAUGUGGUUGGUUGAUGUCCGCUGCCCCCCUAUGAAGAUUUUUAUUUAAGGCUAUAUCUUAUGAUGCUAAUAAAAUACACCUUCAUGAA